UGUUAUAUAUAUGUCAGGAUAAAGAAGGAAAGAAAGAAAGCCCUAAGGAAAUGCUUGCAUCGAUCGAUAGUCCUCUCACAAUCGGAGCUAUCGGCCCCUCAAAUCACGGGCUACCUCAUUCCCUGCAUUAUUAUCCUGUCCAAGCCUUCAAACCCCUGACACAACCGCGGACUACUCAAUGUAUCAUCCGUUCGGCAGCUGGAAAUUCGAAGGAUACUGCUGCCAGUUCUACCAAUACCAAACCAAGGACGUGGGACCGCAGUCUCGUUGAGCUGGUCAAUUGUAACAAAGACUACACUGUGAGUAUAAUUUCUCUGUGGGUAUAAUUUCUCUUUCGUGCAAGAUCAACUGAAAGUAAAACAAACUAUAAAGGGUAAUGAAAUUUAUCAAAAUUAUCGAGAACAAUAUGAGACCUUGAUUGGAAUUUUCAUUACGCUGUGCGUUAAUCGAAGAUCAAUGCUAUAAUUUGUAUGUGGUUGUGCUGAUUCAUUGCCUACGUUAUGGAAUUAGCGUGCAUGUUCUCUAUUAAUUCUUAUGUGAAGGGAAAGAAGCAUAUGGAAGAGGUACAAAAGAUGGUGGAUUAUGCGCGGAACCUAUUGGACAAACAGAUGGAUCCGUUGGAAAAGAUCGAGUUGAUUGAUGCCAUUCAACGACUCGGGUUAGAGUACCAUUUCGAGAGAGAGAUCAAGCACUCGUUGAAGUCCCUUUAUGAAAGUGCUGCUACCGGUUGGCCCGAAUAUGACGAUCUACACAGCACAGCUCUUCGAUUUAGAAUCUUCAGGCAACACCACUAUUAUGAAGUACCGCAAGAUGUAUUUCAGAAGUUCAUAGAUGAGACAGGUAAUUUUCGGGCAACAUUGACUGAUGAUGUCAAAGGAUUGCUGAGUCUGUUUGAAGCUUCUUUUCAUGGAUUCAAAGGUGAAGAUAUCAUGGACAAGGCUGAGGCAUUCUCCGUCGAACAUUUGAAGGAGAAGAAGAGACUAAUAACAUCCCCAAGUUUGGCCCGAGAGGUGGAGCAUGCCUUGGAUAUGCCGAUACUCUGGAGGCCAAACAGAUUAGAGGCGCGAUGGUUCAUGGGAGCGUACGAGGAACAGCCAGACAUGAACCGUACUCUGCUUAAUUUGGCCAAAUUUGAUUACAACAUUGUGCAGUCAGUCCACCGAGAGGAAUAUGGCCGCCUCGAAAGGUGGUGGACUGAAUUGGGACUGGGCAAGAUGACCUUCUCCAGGGACAACCUCGUCGAACAUUACCUCUGGACAGCUUUCAUGGUUUUUGAUCCAAAGUACAAAGACCUAAGAGAAAUGACAACAAAGGUCAUUGCUAUGAUAACACUUAUAGACGACAUCUACGACUCGUUGGGUACUUUAGAGGAACUCGAGCUCUUAACUCGUCUGAUUGAUCGAUGGGAUGUAAACGGAAUCGAUGAGCUUCCUCCUAAUAUUGCCACUUGCUUUAUCGCUCUAUACAACGUCACCAACGGAAUUGGUUUCUGGGCAAUGAUAACGCGAGGCAUCAACGUCAUCCCAUAUAUACGGAAAACAUGGUCAGAUCAAUGCAUGGCAUAUCUAAAAGAGGCAAAAUGGUGUCACAAGGAUUCCAUGCCUACAUUAAAGGAGUAUCUCAACAAUGCAGUGAGAUCGGUGGGCGGGUUCCUUGCACUUCAAUGCUGUUUUUUCAUUACCUCGGACAACUUAACAGAAGACACCCUAAAUUAUAUGGCUGAAAUUCCGAGGAUCGUGCGGUGCUCUUCGUUACUUAUUCGACUAAACAACGAUCUAGCUCCACUGUCGGUAGGGCUGGCCGAGGGAGACAAACUGAAUUCAUUGGAGUGCUUUAUGAAUGAAACGGGAGCUUCUGAAGAAGAGGCAAGAAAGCACAUUAAAUAUCUCGUGCGCGAAACAUGGAAGACCUUGAACAAAGAUAUAUUUGAUGACAACUGCCGAUUCUCCGGUCCUUUCGUGACGGCUUGCUUGAAUCUUGCAAGGGCAUCUCAUUGGAUUUACAGGUAUGGAGAUGGGCAUGGGAUUAGAAGCGAGGAAGCCAAGGAGCAUCUCAUCUCAGCUCUAGUAGACCCUGUCCCCAUCAUGCAACUGGGACUCAAUUGAGUUUGGAGGUGAAAUUAGGGGCCGAGGCCCAAAACAAAGUACACAUUAUAUCCGUCACCCGCUUUUUCCCUAAGGAGAUUUAUUUAUGAAUCUAAUUUAAGAAUAUGAAAAAUAAAAUAAAGGGGUAUGAAAAUUCAGGUAGUAAGGAUCAAAUGCACGACCUCGUGGUUUCAAGUUGACGACAUGUACCGCCCUUAUCUAUAUCUAUAUAUAUAUAUAUGUGAAAACAAAGUAAAAAAUAUAAAAUAGAGCUCUCUCGCAUUGUCACAUCGUCA